AAAGCCAUACUCUCUCACUCUCUCACGCCCUUUUUCUCUCUCUCUCUCACACUUUCUUCCUUCAAAACCAAGGAAGACCACUGUAGAAGAAGAAGAGGAAGAGGUAGAAGAAGAGGAGGAGGCGCACAAUAGCGCAAAGAUGGCAACGAGGACUAAUGUGAACGGUGAGCACAGACCACCACCACCACGCCCACGCCCACAGCCACAGCCACAGCCACAUCCACAACCACAUCAACAACCACCAUCAUCGCGGUCUAACUCUCACCACUCCCACUACUACCCAACGGCGUCGUCUUCUUCAUCUCCAUCUUCCUCCUCAGCUUCCUUCAAAGGCUGUUGCUGUUGCCUCUUCCUCCUCUUCUCUUUCCUAGCUCUCCUAAUCCUAGCCGUCGUUCUAGUCAUCAUCCUAGCCGUCAAACCCAAGAAACCCUCUUUCGAUCUCCAACAAGUCGGUGUCCAGUACAUGGGCAUAACCACACCCACUUCCAACUCCGCCACUGCCACCGAUCCCAACAACCCGACAACCUCGGCCUCCUUGUCCUUAAGCAUAAGGAUGUUGUUCACCGCGGUGAACCCCAACAAGGUCGGGAUCAAGUACGGCGAGUCCAAGUUCACUGUCAUGUACCGCGGAAUCCCAUUGGGUGAAGCCUCGGUCCCUGGGUUUUACCAAGAGGCCCACAGCGUCAGACAGGUGCAGGCCACCAUCGCCGUUGAUCGAAUCAACUUGCAGCAAGCUGACGCUGCCGAUUUGGUUCGUGACGCUUCCUUAAACGACCGCGUUGAACUCAGGGUCCUCGGUGAUGUCGGUGCUAAGAUCCGUGUCUUGAACUUCGACUCUCCUGGCGUUCAGGUAUCAGUGGACUGUGCAAUAGUAAUAAGUCCGAGGAAGCAAUCUCUCACCUACAAGCAGUGCGGUUUUGAUGGAUUGAGUGUAUGAAAUCUGAACACUCAAACAGCCCCUUAGUAACAGUAACAAAUUCCACAUCCUCUGUUAUUAUUAUUAUUAUUAUUUUUUUGUUUUAUUUUCUCUCUCUACAAUUAGAGAGCAAAAAUGAGAAAGCCACAGAAAAGAAGGCUGGAAAGUAAGUAUGAAGGCCCCAAAAAACCUCUCACGUUGUGGUAGAAAAAGCAAAGCUAGCUUAUAGAGAAGUGAGCAGAUUCUAAACUUGAGGAAAAAAAAAUCCCAUAGAUUUUGUAAAAAAUUUGUAUAAUUGGUUGGUUCACUUGGAUGGAGAAUUUUCUAACUUCGUGUAAAGUGAAAUCUAAAAAAGUGUGGAAUUGAGAUAUUCCACGUCUCAUUGCCUUGUA